CCUGCAGACUGAACAGGCUGCAGCCGGUCUGUUCUGAACAUAGCAACGUUUCCUCCUUAUCCUCGCAAUUCCUUUGUUUUUGGGUGGAGAAAGGCGGCAGGGUGGGUGGGGGAGAGAGAGAGAAUAACUGCAUUUAAUAAGCAAGAGAAGGGAAGACUGGAAUGGAGAGAUGUGAGGAGAACAGAGCAUAUCAUGUGCUUUUUAGCAGAGGCUGUUGCAGCGGCAAGUCAUUAAGCCAGACUGCACCAUUUUCUUCCCACCCUGUAACGAGGUGGUGCUGGUAGCUGCAAGGAGCUGUCCACCCCUACCCACCCACUUCUAAGGAUUGUACAGAAGUGGCUCCAUCCUGGCUCUCUAUCCAGCAUAUGCAGCCCACCUGGAGGAAUCCCAAGAGACCUUUCCAGCUGGUCAAAUUUGUGCAUAGGAUGAAUUUUCUUCAGCCGUCACAGGAAAUCUAAAGUGCUUCCUGCUUUUCAGUGAGGCUUCUUCUCCAUAGCUCUCUGUGCUGCUGUGUGCAUGUUCCUUCCUACAUGUGUGCGGGGGGAGCAAGGGGGGGAGACUUAAAAAUCAGGAUAUGCCUAUCUUGUGCUGAAUUAUGGAUGCUGCAGAGGCUGGAUCACAGCUGUGACCUAUCAGAGGGUGCCUGAGGAGGAGGGGGAAAGAGGAAGAGCGGGAGAAGAGGAUUGCCCUGUGGAUUUCUGCCUUCCAGCAUCACCUCCUCUGUGCCCUUGCGAGAUAAACAAAUCGCCUGGAUCUCAGUGUGGUGGGAACCGACUCCUCUGAGCAGGUGCUCCCCUCUGCAAAAUGGCUCAUGCCGCUGCUUCUAUUAAAAAAGUUCGGGAGGCUGAACUCGAUGAAAGGGAGAAGGAGAAAGAGAAGGAGAGAAAAAGGCAAAGGAAAAUCUCUAGGGAAAACCGGAAGCGCAAGUCUGACAGCAAUGCAAGCUUCCUCAGAGCUGCCAGGGCUGGCAAUCUGGACAAAGUUGUGGAAUAUCUGAAGGGAGGAAUAGACAUCAAUACAUGUAAUCAGAAUGGACUCAAUGCUCUACACCUGGCUGCCAAAGAAGGCCACGUGGGGCUGGUUCAGGAAUUGCUGGAAAGAGGUUCUGCAGUGGACUCUGCUACUAAGAAAGGCAAUACUGCAUUGCAUAUUGCAUCCUUGGCUGGGCAGGCUGAAGUUGUCAAAGUUCUAGUGAAGGAAGGAGCCAAUAUUAAUGCACAAUCUCAGAAUGGCUUCACUCCUUUAUACAUGGCAGCUCAAGAGAACCACAUUGAAGUAGUGAAAUAUCUUCUUGAAAAUGGAGCCAACCAGAGCACUGCUACUGAGGACGGCUUCACUCCAUUAGCGGUUGCAUUGCAGCAAGGACACAAUCAGGCAGUAGCCAUCCUUCUAGAAAACGACACUAAAGGGAAAGUCCGGUUGCCGGCAUUGCACAUUGCUGCCAGGAAAGAUGACACCAAAUCAGCGGCUCUUCUGCUCCAGAAUGAUCACAAUGCUGAUGUUCAAUCUAAGAUGAUGGUGAAUAGGACAACUGAGAGUGGAUUCACACCUUUGCACAUAGCAGCACACUAUGGAAAUGUUAAUGUAGCAACACUUCUGCUCAACCGAGGAGCCGUUGUAGACUUCACAGCAAGGAAUGGAAUCACCCCACUGCAUGUGGCUUCCAAAAGGGGAAACACAAACAUGGUGAAGCUCUUGUUGGAUCGUGGAGGGCAGAUCGAUGCCAAAACUAGGGAUGGACUGACUCCACUCCACUGCGCUGCACGAAGUGGACACGACCAGGUUGUAGAACUGCUCCUAGAACGAGGUGCUCCACUGCUUGCCAGGACCAAGAAUGGACUCUCUCCGCUUCAUAUGGCUGCCCAAGGUGACCACGUGGAGUGUGUCAAACACCUACUGCAGCACAAAGCUCCUGUCGAUGAUGUCACGCUGGAUUACUUGACUGCCCUCCAUGUUGCUGCACACUGUGGCCACUAUCGCGUCACCAAACUUCUGCUGGACAAGAGAGCAAAUCCAAAUGCUCGUGCUCUGAAUGGUUUUACUCCACUGCACAUUGCUUGCAAGAAAAAUCGCAUUAAAGUCAUGGAACUGCUGGUGAAAUACGGGGCUUCUAUCCAAGCUAUAACAGAGUCGGGCCUUACACCAAUACACGUGGCUGCAUUUAUGGGCCAUUUGAACAUAGUUCUCCUUCUGCUGCAGAAUGGAGCCUCUCCAGAUGUCACUAACAUUCGUGGUGAGACUGCAUUACAUAUGGCUGCUCGUGCAGGACAGGUGGAAGUGGUGCGCUGCCUCCUAAGGAAUGGUGCACUAGUUGACGCCCGAGCAAGGGAGGAACAGACUCCAUUGCAUAUUGCCUCUCGCUUGGGUAAAACAGAAAUUGUCCAGCUGUUGCUGCAACACAUGGCACACCCAGAUGCGGCAACUACUAAUGGGUAUACACCGCUGCACAUCUCUGCCCGAGAAGGUCAAGUUGAUGUAGCAUCAGUUCUUUUGGAAGCAGGUGCAGCACACUCUUUGGCUACCAAGAAAGGAUUCACACCACUGCAUGUGGCAGCUAAAUAUGGAAGCAUUGAUGUGGCAAAACUCCUGCUGCAGCGCCGUGCAUCUCCUGAUUCAUCAGGAAAGAAUGGCCUCACCCCUCUCCAUGUUGCUGCUCAUUACGACAACCAGAAGGUGGCCCUACUGUUGCUGGAGAAAGGUUCUUCUCCCCAUGCUACUGCCAAGAAUGGAUAUACCCCUCUACAUAUUGCUGCUAAGAAGAAUCAGAUGCAAAUAGCCACAACCCUGCUGAACUAUGGAGCAGAGACCAAUAUUUUGACCAAACAAGGAGUGACUCCACUUCACCUGGCCUCUCAGGAAGGUCAUGCUGACCUGGUGAACUUACUUUUGGAGAAAGGAGCUAAUAUCCACGUGGCCACAAAGAGUGGGUUGACAUCUUUACAUUUGGCAGCUCAAGAAGAUAAAGUGAAUGUAGCAGAUAUGCUGAUAAAACAUGGGGCAAACAAAGAUGCCCAGACUAAGCUGGGUUACAGUCCAUUAAUAGUGGCUUGUCACUAUGGGAACAUCAAGAUGGUCAACUUUCUCCUGAAGCAGGGAGCUAACGUCAAUGCAAAGACAAAGAAUGGUUACACUCCUCUGCAUCAAGCUGCUCAGCAAGGUCACACACACAUCAUCAAUGUUCUUCUCCAACAUGGGGCCAAGCCAAAUGCAAUCACUGCGAAUGGCAACACUGCUUUAGCAAUUGCUAAGCGUCUGGGAUAUAUCUCGGUGGUUGAUACAUUAAAGGUUGUAACCGAGGAAGUGAUUACCACCACAACUACUGUAACUGAGAAACACAAGCUCAAUGUACCUGAAACUAUGACUGAAGUCUUGGAUGUGUCUGAUGAGGAAGCUUUUAAACACUCUGACUAUGAUCAUUUCACUGAUGAGGAUGCGUUUAGUGAUGCAGGUGAUGACACUAUGACAGGAGAUGGGGGAGAAUAUCUUAGAGCGGAAGAUCUGAAAGAAUUAGGUGACGAUUCCUUACCCAGCAGCCAGUUCUUAGAUGGUAUGAACUACCUGAGGUACAGCCUGGAAGGAGGCCGAUCUGACAGCACUAUGCCCAGCCUACGAUCCUUCAGUUCAGACAGGUCCCAUACGCUGAGCCACACCUCCUACUUGAGAGACAGCGCCAUGAUUGAUGACACGGUUGUUAUCCCCAGCCACCAGGUAUCCACAUUGGCCAAAGAAGGUGAGAGAAAUUCAUAUCGCUUAAGCUGGAGCCCUGACAACCUGGACAAUGUCACUCUUUCCUCUAGCCCCGUUCAUUCUGGCUGCCUGUCUUCCAAAAAGGAGAUUGGAUCACUGCUAACAAGCCACUCAUCUCCAUGUUUUGACCAUGACAACAGCAGUUUCCUCGUCAGUUUUAUGGUGGAUGCUCGAGGUGGUGCUAUGCGGGGUUGCAGACACAAUGGACUUCGAAUAAUUAUUCCACCCCGGAAGUGCACUGCUCCAACACGAGUUACUUGCCGGUUGGUCAAACGUCAUAGACUGGCCACAAUGCCUCCAAUGGUGGAAGGAGAAGGUCUGGCUAGCCGUUUAAUUGAAGUUGGGCCUUCUGGUGCUCAGUUUCUUGGUAAACUUCACCUGCCUACGGCUCCUCCCCCACUUAAUGAGGGAGAAAGUUUGGUCAGCCGAAUCCUUCAGCUGGGGCCUCCAGGGACCAAAUUUCUUGGGCCUGUGAUUGUCGAGAUUCCUCACUUUGCGGCUUUACGUGGUAAAGAAAGGGAGCUGGUGAUCCUGCGCAGUGAGAAUGGAGACAACUGGAAGGAGCAUUUCUGUGAAUUUACAGAGGAUGAGCUGAAUGAAAUCCUAAACGGGAUGGAUGAAGUCCUUGACACACCAGAGGAGCUGGAGAAGAAACGCAUUUGUCGUAUCAUCACUCGGGACUUCCCACAGUACUUUGCAGUGGUGUCCCGGGUCAAACAAGAUAGUAACCUCAUUGGACCCGAGGGUGGUGUCCUAAGCAGUACAGUAGUACCACAAGUACAGGCUGUCUUUCCAGAGGGAGCACUAACCAAGCGAAUUCGUGUUGGUCUGCAGGCUCAACCUAUGCACAAUGAGCUUGUAAAGAAGAUUUUGGGCAACAAAGCCACAUUCAGCCCUAUUGUCACAUUGGAACCCAGGAGAAGAAAAUUCCAUAAGCCAAUAACAAUGACUAUUCCUGUUCCUAAAGCCUCUAGUGAUCUGAUGAUUAAUGGAUAUGGGGGUGAUACACCUACUCUAAGACUACUAUGCAGCAUAACAGGUGGAACAACACCUGCUCAGUGGGAAGACAUCACAGGAACAACACCAUUAACUUUUGUCAAUGAAUGCGUUUCCUUCACCACAAACGUAUCUGCCAGGUUUUGGUUGAUAGACUGUCGACAGAUACAGGAAUCUGUUACGUUUGCUUCCCAAGUAUACAGAGAGAUUAUCUGUGUGCCCUACAUGGCCAAAUUUGUAGUGUUUGCCAAAUCACAUGAUCCUAUAGAAGCCCGACUAAGAUGUUUCUGCAUGACGGAUGAUAAAGUGGAUAAAACGCUAGAACAGCAAGAAAACUUUGCUGAAGUUGCCCGAAGCAGAGAUGUAGAGGUAUUAGAAGGAAAGCCCAUCUACGUGGACUGCUUUGGGAAUCUAGUACCACUAACGAAGAGUGGCCAACAUCACAUAUUCAGUUUUUAUGCCUUCAAAGAAAAUAGACUUCCAUUGUUUGUCAAGGUCCGAGACACAACACAAGAACCUUGUGGGCGCUUGUCGUUUAUGAAGGAGCCUAAAUCUUCUAGAGGCCUCGUACAUCAAGCCAUCUGCAAUCUGAAUAUCACAUUGCCAAAUUACACAAAGGAAUCAGAAUCAGAUCAAGAACAGGAAGAGGAGACUGACAUGACAUCAGAAAAACAUGAUGAUGAAACAGAAUCUACAGAAACAUCUGUCCUGAAAAGUCACCUUGUCAAUGAAGUCCCUGUCCUAGCCAGCCCAGACUUGCUAUCUGAAGUCUCUGAGAUGAAACAAGAUUUGAUUAAAAUGACUGCCAUCUUGACCACAGACUCAGCUGAAAAGUCAGGCUCCAUUAAGGUGAAGGACCUUGUGAAAGCUGCCGAUGAAGAGCCCGGAGAACCAUUUGAGAUUGUGGAAAGAGUUAAGGAGGAUUUGGAAAAAGUGAAUGAAAUCCUGAGAAGUGGAAGCUGUCCAAAAGAAGGGCCAGUUCUUCAAAGAUCCAUUUCUGAGAAAGAGCUGGUGGAAGAAGAAUGGGUCCUUGUAAGUGAUGAAGAAAUAGAAGAGGCUAAGCAGAAUGCUCCACUGGAAGUUACCGAGCCUGUUUGCACAGAAACCAGAAUAGGCAAAGGGAAAACGGAGAAAGAAAAGAAAGACAUGGCGGGAAUGAUUGAUCAUCUCAGCCAAGAUCUAAAAGAUUACAUGUCACUUAAUGAAAUGCAGCCUCAGACAUUACAAGAAGACAUAGUAGAAGAGAGAUUUGAAGCUGUGGUUGUAUGCAGGGGCUCUGAAAAAGGUGGGGGGAGCCAAGAGAAGAAGCAAGUCCAGCAAAAACCUACCUUGGAAAUUAAAAAACCAGUUAGAAAGAAAUUCAAAGAUAAACAAAAGCCAAAGGAUGAAGAAACCAAAGGAAAGAAAGAACAUUCAGGACUAACAAAGUUCAGCUCAGAUGAGUCUUUAGAUGAAGAGGUAGGGUUAGCCCCUGCAGAGCCUUCCAAGGCAACAGCUGUGUCUCCUGUUAUAGAAGAAACUCCUAUUGGCUCAAUCAAAGAUAAAGUGAAAGCCCUUCAGAAGAGAGUGGAAGAUGAGCAGAAAGGACGUUCAAAAUUGCCUGUUCGCACCCCAGGAAAAGAAGGGGCAACCGAGAAGUCUGUUGCAAAGCUAUCGCAGCCUAAAAAAAUUAUUUACAAAGCGAAACCCCCAUCUUCUCCCUCUGCCUCAAAGACCCCAGCUUCCCCCUCUGCCCCAAAAAUGCCAGCUUCCCCCUCUGCCUCAAAGACUGCAGCUUCCUCCUCUGCCUCAAAGAUUCCAGCUUCCACCUCUGCCUCAAAGACUGCAGCUUCCCCCUCUGCUUCAAAACUCUCCUCUCCCUCUACUAAGAAGCCAGUUGUUUCUCCCACAACUAAGAAGCCAGCUGUUUCUCCCACAUCUAAAAAGCCACCCAUUUCUCCCACAUCUAAAAAGCCACCUGUUUCACCCACAACCAAGAAGCCGCCUGUUUCACCUUCUUCUAAAACAGAGAGACUUGAAGAAACUAUGUCUGUUCGUGAACUGAUGAAAGCCUUCCAGUCAGGUCAAGAUCCAUCGAAGCAUAAGGCUGGACUUUUUGAGCAUAAGUCUAUGAAACAGAAACAGCAGGUCUCUGAGAAAGAGCCGGCUAAGAAAGGAGCUGCUCAGGCAGACACUGAAAAGAAGCAGGCAAUGACACAAAGAGACACACACAAAAGAGAUAGUCCAAAAGGUAAAAAGAGCCAGGAACCUCAGGCAGAGGCAGGCUUGCAAUCUAAGAAAGAGGCACAGGGUACUCUGAAGAAAGAUUUAGCCAUGCAGCAGACAAAGCAGCAGAGUAGCAAAACUGCAGAAAAAGAUUUUCCAGAAACUGAUGGUGAAAAUGCAAAGGGUGUGGCCCUGACAUUUGAUGACCAAGGGGAUACCGACCUUCAAAUCAGCCCAGACAGAAAGACGUCCACAGAUUUUUCUGAUGUCAUAAAGGAAGAGCUUGAGGAGAAUGAUAAAUACCAACAGUUCCGGCACAUUUCAAUUACCGAGGAAGAUCAACAGGAUGAUCAAGAAAGGAUAGAGGAAAGACUGGCACAUAUCGCUGAUCACCUUGGAUUCAGCUGGACAGAGCUAGCAAGAGAACUGGAUUUCACAGAGGAACAAAUUCAUCAGAUCCGAAUUGAGAAUCCUAAUUCACUGCAGGACCAGAGUCACGCACUGCUGAAAUAUUGGCUGGAACGUGAUGGGAAACAUGCUACUGAUUCAAGCCUUACUGAGUGUCUUACAAAAAUAAAUCGUAUGGAUAUUGUUCAUCUCAUGGAGAACACUAUGGAAACAUCCCGAGACCAUAAUCGCACCUAUGCAGAAAUUGAACAGACAAUAGGACUGGAUCAUAGUGAAGGUUUUUCUGCACUCCGUGAAGAUCUGUACAGCACAAGAGAUAAGAAGGAAGAAGAGCAUUCUUUUUCUAAAGACAGUGAGCCAUCAGAUCACCCUCCCCUUGUCUCUGAGGAAGACAUUUCUGUGAGUUACUCAUCCUUGCAUGACGGCACACCUAGAGGGGAGGCAGAACUAUCCAUUACAGAACUCCUACGACAAGCACACAAGGAGCGAGUGGAAGCUGAAUUCUCAGGGAAAUCUCAUGUGCUGCCAGAAGAUUCAUCUACUACACAAGAAUACUUUGUCACAACUUCUGGAGCAACACAGGCACCAAAAGGAGAAAAAGCAACAAGCAUUCCCAGUGAAAAGUCUGAGGGCUCUACUGCAGGCUCUGAGGAUCUUGAAAGGCCAUACCUUCAUACCCCAACAUCUAGUGAACGAACAGAUUCACCCAUUGUGCAAGAACCUGAAGACCACCAAGAAGAUCUUUAUCCAAGGAAAAAUAGUCUGGUGAUUGUGGAAUCAACUGAUGAACACCCAGAAGAGUCAGAAAGAUAUGAAGAAGAGUUACUGGAAAAGGAGCUAGCAGAGGAAUUAGGUGAGCUGGAGGCCAGCUCAGAUGAGGAAGAGAUGGUAACAACCAGGGUCGUUCGCCGCCGGGUGAUUAUUCAGUCUGAUGAUAUGCCCGAAAUGCCGCCAGAAGCUGUAACAGAGGAGCAGUACACAGAUGAACAUGGUCAUAUUGUGGUGAAGAAGGUCACUAGAAAAAUCAUCAGGCGAUUCACUUUACCAGAUGGCACAGAAAAGGAAGAAGUUGUGAUGCAAGGAGAACCUCAGGAGCCUGUUAAGGUGGAAGAGGGAGAUGGAUAUUCCAAAGUCAUAAAGCGAGUUGUGCUGAAGAGUGACAGCGAGCAAUCAGAGGUGACCUUUUCUGAGCCAAGUGUACUGAGUGCCUCAGAAUUUCAGUCUGAACCAGUGGAAGGCCGCAAGGUCAGCAAAGUUGUGAAGACUACGGUUGUACAUGGGGAGCGAAUGGAGAAGCACCAUGGAGAUGCUAGCUUAGCAACUGAUCUUCCCUCAGCCAAAGAUGACUUUGAAGAGGCCCUGAACUAUGCAGGUAACAAAAUGAAAAUUGAAGUCCCUCCUUUAGUAGAGAAUGAGGUCAUGAAAGAGGAUGGCUCAGUUAUUAAAAGGACAACCAUGAGUAAAGCCAGUACUCAGAAGAGGACUGUGGUUAAGGACCAGUAUGGAAACCGUAUUCAUGUGGAACUGCUGGAGGACACACCAGAAGCACUACCCCGGGAUGACCUUCAUCAUGACCUCCAGCAACUACUGAAACAUUUCUGCAAAGAUGAGUGGAAGAAAGAGGCCAAAUGAGAUGCUGCUAAAAUCUCACCCACAGACCAACACACAUAUCCAUUCAAUAUCCAGAAUUCACUUUCUUCUUUUGCUGUAGAUGACAUAACAUAAUCACUAGAGGACAAUAACAUUUCGACUUGGCAUAUAGUGUAGGGUUGUUUUUCUUUUCUUUUUUCUUUUCAAAUAUCUGUAAGCUAAUUUGUGACCAAAGAUAGCAUCCUUCAUUUGGGAUGGUUUGUCUACUAAAAGUCAUUGACUUUGUGCUAUACUGGAAACUUCUCAAGAUUGCCAUCUUUGUUGUUCCUUUGCUUCUGCAUCCGAUCCGUAAAAAACAUAGCUUCUUCCACAGGCCUCUUCAAAUCACAAUGUGCAUUUUUUUUAAAAAAGGAUGCUAACAUUAACCUGUAAAUAGCUAAAGUGCUUGGACUCACAAGACUGAAAGAAACACUGCCUUUCGGGACUACUUUUAGGAUUGAGAACUACACAGUCUGUUGAAACUGUUGAAGAGUGAUUAAUUACUCUUCUGUUGAAUAUACAACAUGGAUCUACUGAGAAGGAAGCAUGUCAGGCCUCCCAUGUUUAUAGGACUUCCAGUUUGUUGAUCUCCUUGACUUGAAAGUUUCUGAGAGUCAGGCCAAAACCUCAAACUCCAGCUGUUGCCAGCUGAAUGCAGCCACCCCUGCUUUAUGACUCCUGGGAAGCCACCUAAAGAUUUCCUGAAGAAAAAUAAAUACCCAGUUAGGUAUAACUUGCUAGCAGCUCUAUCUGUGGCACAUUUGCAUACUGUAUUCAAAUCUUUUAGACUGGAACAAGAGGCAAGGUGCAUUACAAAAAAAACAAAACAGCUCUAACUCCUGUAAUUUCCUGUUUUCAUCACUGCUUUAGCAAACCACGCUGUCUUAUUGGUGGUUAUUCCUGCUGGCCACUGCACUGUAGAUAACUUGAUAAGGGAAAAGAAACCCUUUCCCACUCUUAAGAAAGGUUACUCUAAAUUUAUCACAUUCUAUCAAGACUGUCUCUUAACCUGGUACAUGCAUGUGGCAUUGGGAAAUACAAACUCAACUCUCUUGUAACCAUGUCAACAGCUUAUCUCUCUCAGCACUGAGAGAGCGGAGCUUAACCUUCCAUUUGAGAUUGUUCUUCAGAGAUUUGCUUAUGGAGGGAUAUGAAUCCAUUGGGCAUUUGUUUUUUUGUCGUCGUUUUAUUUAUAUUCCUUAACCAACUUUCAGGAAUCAUCAUGUAAAUGUCUGCACUUUGAUUUUUCCAAGAAGGGCAUAUGCGACUCUGGAAUUAUUCUGUGGUCUGUACCUAAUUCUAAUAGUGGUCUGGAGCUCUGUUGCAUUUUAACAUAUAUAUGUAAUUAUAUAUAUUAUAUAUAUACAUAUAAAAUGAUAUACAUUUUGAAUCAGUUAUUUGAUAAAGACAAAGUAUAUUCAACAAGGAUGAGUCAAGUCCUCCAGGGUUGAUAUUUUUCAAAACCUAGCCAGAUUUUCCUUCUUGUAAAAAAAAAUAAUAAUAAUAAUUGACUCAGUGCUCAGAAUACCGAAAAUAAAUGUUACAAAUGGCACCUCCUCAUUUAACUAACCAUGUGGAGAGAAAGGAAACGUUUUAGGGGGUUUGGUCGCCUGCUAAGAAAGCUACCCAAAGUGCCAUUCUACCAUUUUUUUUUGGUUGGCAAGCACUUGUGACUGCCAAAAUGGAAGGAGACCCAUUUCAGGACACACGAUAGCUCAUUUCUCAUUGUCAAGAACAUCACUGGUUGACCUUCAAGACUGGGGCUCUAAAAGAAACGCAUUUCUGUUGUGUACUUUGCGGUGCAGAUGAUGUUCUGUGUAACAGCAUAAUGGCUAUUCUCCUUUAUCGGUUUUGAUUUUUUGCUGUGUUAUCAGAGAACUUGAAUACUGUGAGAAGAAGUGAUUUUAAGUUGACAAGUCAGCAUCUUGUUCCCAUGGUGAUAACACUAACUGAAUAUAUCUAUGAGGGCAUGUAUUAGUUAAAAAGAUUUUAAAAAAGACAAAACAAAGCAACAACACUAACAAUACAUAGCUGCAACGUGUACAAUGGCUGAUUUAAUUAAAUAAAAAUGUACAAGUGUUAAAUGUA